AUGUUCGGUCGCACUGUUUCUCGCGCAGUCCUCGGCAGGGGUGUUGCCACUCUCAGCACAAAUCCCACCAUCAGACUUACAGCGACUCGCACAUAUGCAACAGUCCGGAAUUCUCCGUUGUCAGAAAAGUUGUCCAUAAACGGUGACCGACUAUGGGAAGACAUCCAUCACACAGCGAAAUGGAGCGCGCCCUCGCCCGGAGGGGUAACUCGGCUUUGUGCGGAUGAGAACGAUAAGAAGGUUCGAGACUGGUUCAGAGAUCAGUUGCUUGCACUUGGAGCGGAUUAUAAGGUCAAUGCGACUGGAACUCAAUUUGGUGUGUUCCCAGGAGAAGAUAACAGCAUUCCUCCUAUUGCCAUGGGUAGUCACUUGGACACAGUGGCCACUGGCGGCAAAUUCGACGGUCCCCUUGGUGUCAUCGGAGCCUUGGAGGUCAUGAGAAGCUUCAAGGAGCAAGGCAUAAAGACUCGCGCCCCGAUCGUUCUCAUAAACUGGACCAACGAAGAAGGCGCAAGAUUCUUCCCACUGUUGGGAUCGUCCAUAGUCUAUGCCGGCCGUUCGACAGUUGAACAGGCCCAUGCCGCUGCGUCGAACGAUGCAUCGGAACUGACCAUGGGCGGCGAGCUGGCCAAGAUUGGAUAUGUUGGAGACGGACCGAACACUUUCAAAGAAUUUCCCAUCUCAGCGCACUUUGAGAUCCACUGCGAGCAAUCGACGGAUCUCGAAAAGGCUGGCAAGCCCGUUGGUUGGGUCGAAGGCUGGCAGGGAAUGACGUGGUACGAUGUCAUAUUCCAUGGCGAGAAUGGUCAUGCCAAUACCUAUCCUAUGUACGGCCGUCGAGACGCGCUGACGGGCGCAGCCAAACUCGUUUGCGAACUGGAAAAGCUGGCAUACGAACAGAACGGCGCAACAACAGUGACAGGUAUCCACAGUCGGCCGUGGGGCGCAUGCAACAUUCAAUCCAAAUGUAAAAUGACCUUCUGCCUCAUGCACAAGGAGGCUGAAGGGCUCGAACAGAUGGGCAAAAUCAUCAUGGAACGCGUCAAAAGCAUUGCCUCGCUGCAUGGUCUGGAAACCGAAACCGACAGGACUGUUCAUCUGCUGCCAGGCAACUUCUGGCCCGAAGCCAUUGACUGCGUCAGGCUCGCCUGUGGUGAGAAAGGAAUUGCUUCUCGGACAGGCACCGGUCAUGACUCGACCAUGACGCAGCUGCUAUGCCCUACCGCCAUGGUGUUUGCCAGAGCGAAAGAUGGGAUCAGCCACUCGCCCAAAGAGUGGACAUCGAAGGAAGACUGCGCGGAGAGUGCCUUAGUCCUGGGCAAAUCGGUGUUGAACUUUGACGACUACAUGAAGCUCAAAGCAGCAGACGCCACUGCUUGA